AUGACUGAGAUCAAAAUGGAACCAUCAACGAUGUCCUUGCCGCCCCCGCCAAGCUUUGCUGGCGCUCCUGGACAACCCCAGUAUGACCCUACCAAUGCAAACGGCCACAGCAACCCGUCGCAUAUGCCUCCUCCUCCUCUACCACCUCUUGUGACGCCUCAAAGCAAUGGUGGUCUACCAGAUUCCCUCAUAUCACCAGAGGGAGAUUUUGCGGGGCUCAUGACGCCCGGGUCCUCUGCUGGAGGUGUUGUCCGUCGUGCAGCACCUGAACCAAACAAACGUGCAUUAUAUGUUGGAGGCCUUGAUCCAAGAGUAUCGGAGGAUAUACUUCGCCAGAUUUUUGAGACUACGGGGCACGUUGCAAAUGUGAAAAUAAUUCCUGACAAAAACGUGGGAGCGUCCAAUACCAAUACAAAGGAGGAUACUACGAACCACUUUCACAUAUUUGUGGGUGAUCUAAGUAACGAAGUAAACGAUGAAGUACUUCAUCAAGCCUUUUCUGCUUUUGGCACAAUAUCUGAGGCGCGGGUCAUGUGGGAUAUGAAGACCGGUCGCUCACGCGGCUAUGGAUUCGUUGCGUACCGUGAUCGCUCUGACGCUGAAAAAGCUUUGAGCACUAUGGACGGCGAGUGGCUCGGUUCUCGUGCCAUUCGCUGCAAUUGGGCAAAUCAGAAGGGCCAGCCCUCGAUCUCCCAGCAGCAAGCUAUUCAAUCGAUGGGGAUGACACCAACCACGCCUUUUGGACAUCACCAAUUUCCCUCUCAAGGAGCCCAAAGCUACGAAAUGGUUCUUCAGCAAACUCCUCAAUGGCAGACAACCUGCUAUGUCGGUAACCUUACUCCCUACACCGCUCAGAAUGAUCUUGUGCCACUCUUUCAAGGCUUCGGAUACGUCGUUGAGACGCGCUUUCAAUCGGAUCGCGGAUUCGCUUUCAUCAAGAUGGAUAGUCACGAGAACGCGGCAAUGGCUAUCUGUCAUCUCAACGGCGCUCAAGUUCACGGCCGGCCACUAAAAUGCAGUUGGGGUAAAGACCGGCCGCCUACUGGACAAUUCGAUGCAUACUCGCCGCAGCAGCCCCAGACUCCGAGCUACGCUUCUUCUCCUGGCUAUGGCUUUCCACAAUACGGUGGUCCCCAAUCAAUGACACCUCAAGGUGGUCCCGCCUCAGCCAGCCCUAUGUCUGGAUAUCCACCUGCUCAAUCUCCGAUGGGCGGCCCCAGCCCAGCUGGUCGCGGGUAUGGUGGGUAUCCCAAUCAUGCCCUUCCAAAUAUACCACCGCAACCUUAUGGACCAAUGCCGGGGAGUGCUGGGGGCUAUGGCCGUCCUGACCAAAUGCAACCGAACUAUGGGCCACCUCAGAGUGGCGGCGGUUAUCAGCCCCAAGGUCAGGCUGGAAGCUAUCAACCUCCCAGCCAUUCAGGCAACUACCAGCCUUACCAGCCAUAA